AUGGGUCUCACGACGACAUCUCAACUGGAGAGCUAUCUUGCGUCAGCAGGAAUAGAGUUCGCAUAUGUUGAGGAGUUGUCCGGUGGCACGGGGAACUUCGUCUGGCGCCUCACGCUGCCCACUGGAGAAGUACGGGUUGUGAAGCACGCCGAACCAUACGUCAAAAACAACCCCAACAUCCCCUUCAACGUCGACCGCAUGGUGUUCGAAGCCAACGCUCUCUCUCUCCUGCCGCAAACGCUAAGCUCCACCCAACUCACACCUACUACACCAACUGUCCGCCUCCCAACCCUCUACCACUCCGACCCGGACGCCCACAUCCUGAUCAUGGGCGAUGCCGGGCCGCUCAACCUCAAAGCAUGGUACCCCACCGCUCCUACCGAGGCUAUCCCCCCGAUCGGCGCCGCGCUCGGUGUCUGGCUCGCACAGCUGCACCACCGCACGCGCAACCUACGUUCCCACAUCGAUAACGUCACCGCCAAGGGCAUAUACCGCUAUGCCUACGCAAACCUCGCGACCGCUUUUGAGAAGCAUGGUCUCGAUCCCGCCUACGCCAGGUCGGUCGAUGAGGAGUUCGGAUCCAAGCUCGCGACUGAUAAUGUUUGCGUCUGCCAUGGCGACUUCUGGCCCGGCAAUGUGCUUGUGCGUGAGCAAGAGGCAGAUGGAUCAGAGAUGCCGGCGAAGACGCUGAGUAUUGUUGACUGGGAAAUGACACGCCGUGGGAUCGGAGCGACGGAUGUUGCGCAAUUCGCGGCCGAGGCGUGUUUGCUUGAUCGGUUUUGUGGUGGGAAGGGGCUUCUACAGGCCUUCUUGGAGGCGUAUGUGGGAGCGGCAAGGGAAAAUGGGGAGGUCGGUGGGAAUCAAGGGAAAGAAGAGUUUGUGAAGAGGUUGAUCGUCCAUUUCGGUGUUCAUGUGGCGUUUUGGCCUUCCGUUGUGGAAUGGUGUGGGAAAGAGGAGACGGGAGACCUGGUGAAGCUUGGAAAAACGUAUAUUGAGACUGGUUGGGGUGCAAACUGGGCUGCUGCCAAGGAGGGACUGCUGGCACCGGUGUUGGGUUUAUUAGAGUGA